CACAAAACAAAAUAAAAACUCAAAGGGUAUCAAUUCAAUAGCAAUUGGCGAUUGGGAAAACAAAUUCCCCGAGGAGAGAGAGUAAAAUAGAUCUUGUAAUUGCUACUCUUCAUUUCAAUUAUGAGUAUCAAAGAGUAAAGCCCUAAAUCAGAUUUCUGCUCUUUCACUCUUCUUUUUCGUCCUUUCUCAUCUCUGAUUCUCAUAAUUAGGCCUUUUUCAUUCAUUUCAAAUAUGAACAAAUUAGGAAGAGGUCAUCGUGACAAACUCCAACAGUUUAUGCAAAUUACUGGUGUCAGUGAUAAAGUUGCUAUUCAGGCAUUGAAGGCCGGUGAAUGGCAUCUAGAAGGAGCACUUGAUAUAUUCUACAGUCAGCCUCACAUUAAGUCAUUUACUGAUUCUAGACAUUUGGAGGAGCUUUAUAAUCGUUACAGAGACCCUUAUGCAGAUAUGAUAUUGGCUGAGGGUAUCACUAACCUCUGCAAUGACCUACAGGUUGAUCCUCAAGAUAUUGUCAUGUUGGUUAUUUCCUGGCAUAUGAAAGCUGCAACCAUGUGUGAAUAUUCAAAACAAGAGUUUGUUGGUGGAUUGCAAGCACUAGGGCAAGUGAUUGACUCCCUGGAGAAGCUUAGGGAGAGGCUACCAUACAUGCGUUCGGAACUGAAAGAUGAACAAAAAUUUCGUGAGAUAUACAUAUUUGCAUUUUCAUGGGCGAAGGAAAAGGGCCAAAAGUCUUUGGCAUUGGAUACAGCAAUUGGCAUGUGGCAGCUACUCUUUGCUGAAAGGCAGUGGCCUUUAAUUGAUCACUGGUGUCAAUUUUUACAGGAUCGGCAUAACAAGGCUAUUUCAAGAGACACCUGGGCUCAACUGCUGGAGUUUGUGCGAACAGUAGAUCCGCAGCUGUCGAAUUACGAUGCUGAGGGUGCUUGGCCUUAUCUCAUUGAUGAAUUCGUCGAAUAUUUGUACGAGAAUGGGAUCCUCCAAAGGAAUUAAUGAUGGUUAAUAAGCUUGAUUGGUUAGUUGGGGCAGUUAUUAUGGUUGUUGAGAAUCAAUUGAACAAUUGAAUUAUGUUGUUUCAUAAAACUGUUUAGUAGUACAUUCAAGAAAUUGGGGAAAGAGCAUUGACUUUAAUUGAAACUGUCUUUCAUGUAUUGUUGAUAUGGUGUAUGUAUCUAUUGUACUUUCUAGAA